AUGCGCCACUCUUCCAGUAGCCUUCUUCAGCUGUGCACCACCGCGAUCUCCCUCGGUGUGAGCUUCUCCAUCCCCAGUGGAGUAGCAGCGCGAGCCCAAGCUUCGCAUCUUGUGCAAGGCCCCACGAGCACCUUCGAAUCGGCAGAAGCCUUCACGGAAGUCACACCCUCCGCUUUCGCCGAAUACCAAUUCGAUGUCAUCAUCGUCGGAGGCGGCACGGCUGGCAUGGUCCUCGCGAACCGUCUCUCUGCCUCGACGAGUCCUUCGCUGAAAGUCGGCGUCGUCGAUGCGGGGACAUUCAACCCCAAUGGCGACCCGCUCAUCGACGUGCCCAUCUACAACUCGGGCAGCAUAAUACUAAACAACUCGAGCAUGUCGACCAUCGGCAACCCGCAGUACGAUUGGAUGUUUCAGUCCGUGCCCCAAGCGGCUUUGAAUAACCGUAUCUUGGACUACCCCCGCGGCAAAGUACUCGGUGGUUCGACAGCGAUCAACGCGAUGGCCUGGCAACGAGGCGAGCAAGAGGAAUACGACGCAUGGGGAAACUCGUUCGGCAACGGCAACGGGUGGACCUUCGCAGGUCUCCUCCCAUACUUUCAGAGGACCGAGACUUGGACACCACCCCGGACAGGCGACGACGCCCUGCUCAACGGCACGGACCCCUCCCAGAUCCCCGCUGCUUCAGAUCACGGUUUCAGUGGUCCGGUUUCGACGAGUUACAACACUUUCGAGACGGCUCUCGACGCCCCUAGCAUCCUCGCUACCGUAUCCCUUGGGUAUCCGCUCAACAACAACCCUGACGGCGGGAACAGCACCUUCCUUGCUCGCUCGGGAAUCACGCGCUCUGUUGACCCGCAGACGGGCAAGCGAAGCUACGCUGCAAGCGCUUACUACACGUCGAGUAUCCAGAGCCGGCCGAACUUAAACGUGGUUCUCAACUCAACGGUUACGAACAUCAUUUGGGACCCGAAGUCAAAGACUCCUAAGGCCAUCGGUGUCCAGUUCGUCAACAAUGGACAGACAUACAGCGUCGCCGCUGCGAAGCAGGUCAUCCUCAGCGCAGGUUCUUUGAAAUCGCCGCAGAUCCUCGAACUGUCCGGUGUCGGCGACGCGAACCGCCUUAAUCAGUUGAACAUUCCCGUUGUUCUUGACCUCCCUCAAGUUGGUGAGAACAUGAUUGAUCAUCCUACCACCGCGGCUGGCUACGAAGUCCAGAAUGGGACAUUCACUCUCGACCUCAUUUCUAACAACCAGACGUUCUUCGACGAACAAGAGGCUCUCUAUAAUUCCACUGGAACGGGCGCUUUCACUUACACCGCCCAAAUAUCCGGAUCCUUCCCACUUAAAUCCAUCUCGGAUCCUGAGGUGUACUCCGCGAUGCGAUCCGCACUUGAUGCUGCGCUGGAGAGCAUGACCCUCACGCCCCUCCAGCAAGCGCAAUACGACUUGCUGAAGACCUGGGCUGACGAUGGCAAAGUUGGCUGGGUCAUGCCUGUGAUGCUUCCCAGAGGAGGUUUGACGAGUGUCCCCGAAGGUGAUAAGCGCUAUAUCACCGUCGCAUUCUAUCUGCUUCACGAAUUUGCUCGAGGUUCGGUCCACAUCAACACCACGGAUCCACUCACCAUGCCACUCAUCGACCCCAAGUACAUGAGCAUGGAAUGGGACCUUGAAGCCCAGACACUCGGCGGACACUUCUUGCGUACCUGGGUGACGGGAUCGCCCCUCAACGACUUCAUCGUCGCCCCAACCGUGCCCGACUCUUCUGUUGUGACCGAUGCCGACUGGCAAAAUUACAUCAGGGAAUCGCUCGUCACCACACACCACCCCAUUGGCACAACGGCCAUGGCCAGCCAGAGCCUUGGAGGCGUCGUUGACCCCCGCCUCAAUGUUUAUGGAACACAGAACCUGCGCGUUGUCGACGCUGGUGUCAUCCCAAUGACCGUUGGCGCACCUAUUCAAGCUACAGUUUACGCUAUUGCUGAGAAGGCUGCCGGUCUUAUUCUAGAAGAUCUCGCUUAA